CCUAUCCGGGAAUGCUUGUGAUUUCCAUGGCAGCGCCUCUGCGGACCGAGCGGACGAAGGUCUUGGCGAGCCUUGGAGAAAGAGAGAAGAGGCGAAGCAAAGCGGAGGGAGCGAGCGAGCGAGUUACGGCCGGCGGUCGGUCGGUCGGUCUGCGGGGCGAUGGGGCCCGUGCGAAGCUCUCUGGUAGCAAGUCUUGAUCUCUUGGGACCACAUUCUCCAUGGCAUGAAACACAGGCAGUGACUUGGGCCAGCCAGCCACCUCUAACCGCAUGAAGUGGCUUCUCUACAAAAGAUGGUAGGGAAAUUCAAGCAGAACCUCUUGCUGGUGUGUUUGGUGAUUAGUUCAGUGACUGUCUUCUACUUGGGGCAACAUGCUAUGGAAUGCCAUCACCAAAUAGAGGAGCGAAGCCAACUGACCCGACUAGAGCCAGCCAAAGCAACCACAAGAACCAGCCAGAACACGAAGAAAAAUGCCACAUUGGCUUAUAACAAAGAUAUGCCUUUAAUAUUUAUUGGGGGAGUACCCCGGAGUGGCACCACCUUGAUGCGGGCGAUGCUAGAUGCUCACCCGGACAUCCGCUGUGGAGAAGAGACACGGGUCAUCCCUCGGAUUUUGGCUCUCAAGCAGAUGUGGGCCCGAUCAAGCAAAGAGAAAAUGCGGCUCAAUGAAGCAGGUGUCACAGACGAGGUGUUGGACUCAGCCAUGCAGGCCUUCCUCUUGGAAAUUAUCGUGAAGCACGGGGAGCCAGCACCUUACCUGUGCAACAAGGACCCCUUUUCCCUCAAGUCUUUAACUUACCUUGCCAGGAUUUUCCCCAAUGCCAAGUUUAUUUUGAUGAUCAGAGAUGGUCGAGCCUCCGUUCAUUCCAUGAUCUCCAGGAAGGUCACCAUUGCUGGCUUUGAUCUGAAUAGCUACAGGGAUUGCCUGACCAAAUGGAAUCGUGCCAUUGAGAUCAUGUAUAACCAGUGCUUGGAGGCUGGCCUUGACCAUUGCAUGUUGGUGUAUUAUGAGCAGCUGGUCUUGCACCCCGAGAAGUGGCUCAGGAGGCUCUUCAAGUUCCUCCACAUCCCGUGGAAUCCUGCAGUUUUGCAUCAUGAAGAAAUGAUUGGGAAAGCUGGGGGAGUGUCCCUAUCAAAAGUUGAAAGAUCUACAGACCAAGUUAUUAAGCCAGUUAAUGUGGAAGCCUUGUCAAAAUGGGUUGGAAAGAUCCCCACAGACGUCCUUCAGGAUAUGCCAGUGAUCGCACCAAUGUUGGGGAAGCUUGGCUACGACCCCUAUGCCAACCCACCCAAUUAUGGGAAACCGGAUCAGAAAGUCCUUGAAAACACAAGAAGGGUUUAUAAAGGUGAAUUUCAACUUCCUGACUUCCUAAAAGAAAUAUCACAGACUGAUGCGGUGAACUAAAAGAAUGGAUGUGACUUAAUGAAUGUUGGAGUCAUUUUAAAGAAAGCACGAUGGCAAAAUCUACAAAGAUCUGUUUCCUCAGAAUAUGUCCCCAUUUCAUAAUGACAUGUAAAUUUCUAUCUUUCUUCCAACAGCAGCUGUACUGAAAUGUUGUAGGUGUUUAUAGGAAAUGAUUCUGGGAUCAAGUCAUUAAAGUGGGAGGACUCCAGGUGGGAAUUUCUCCUGUAUAAAACAUUUUGGAGUUGUAAGAGUCAUGCAGUUGUGGUAUGCCUCCUAUUAGUCUCUGUGACACUAAUACACAGAAGAUACAUUGCCAGAUUGUAUCUCAACAAUUAGAAAUUGCAUUUAUUCCCAUUUACACAAUUGUUUUAAAAACCUCAGAAGAAACUGAAUUCAGUAUUGAUUUAGGAUGUGAGAUAUAACUUUUGAGAUACUUUCCAUAAGACUGCUAAUUUAACACAUUAGUCCUCAUGCGUGAAUUGCAGGGUGUGUCUAUUUUGAUGCAUGCUGGUUCCUUUGUGUGCAUAUCUUCCAAAGGGAUGAUUGGCAGUCAUGGCUUCACAAGGAUGAAAAAAUGAGGAAUGGCCUGUUUGCUUUCCUUCACAAAAUACAGGAAAUGAACCAUUGCACAGAAUGUCUAUGUUAAUUCUUAAAUACACCUUUCUUUGAACUGUUUUUUCCACACGUAGUUCAUAUCCAUCAUUAGAUCACCAUACAGCAGUCAGUUUCUCUGUAUAUUAUUUUUCCUUUCUUAGGCAAUCAUUUUUUUAAUUUGUGGAAAAUGGUGCUUGUUCCUGUUGUCACCACCCCCAAUUUAGCUGAUUUAUGAAAUUAUGUUUUAAUUAUUUAAAAAUGGUUUCUGAGAUGCAAGCAAGAACUUGAAGAUUUACAAUCCAACAGCCUUUUGUAUUUUAUUUUUCAAAAUAAAAGCUUUAAAUGUG